CUCCCCUCCCCUCCUUCAUUCCAGUCAAUCGGACAUCUUUUGGUGUUUACCCCCCCAGGUGAACGUGCUGAUUAAUCUCUUCGUGCCAAUUCAUCGCCUUGUCACCUUCGCUUAUACAGGAAGAACAUUCCGUUUGUGGAAUCAACAGAACAUCAACCAUGGCCUCGACCAACUACAAGGAAGCUUUCUCGCUGUUCGACAAGCGCGGUACUGGCAAGGUCGCCAUCGAGUCGCUGGGCGAUCUCCUCCGUGCCUGCGGGCAGAACCCCACGUUGGCGGAAAUCGCGGAUCUGGAGAAGAGCGUGGGCGGAGACUUUGACUUCGAGUCGUUCUUGAAGGUCCUCAACCGCCCCGGAGGUUUCCGCGAUCCCGGCGAGCCCGAGGAAUACACCCGUGGAUUCCAAGUGUUUGAUAAGGACUUGACUGGAUUUAUUGGAUUGGGCCAACUGCGCUACAUUCUUACGAACCUGGGCGAGAAGAUGUCCGACGAGGAAGUCGAUGAGUUGCUGAAGGCCGUUGACACUAGCUCCGGCGAGAUCAACUAUACCGAUCUCGUCCGCACCAUCCUUGCCAACUAAACGACAUACGAUACCCUUUCCCUGACGCUUCGUGACGAAAUGCCUCCUUUCUUCUUCCCUGCGCGAUCCCUGUUGCCGGAGUUGUCGGCUUGAGAUUAGAUUAGUUCAUCUGUUAUAAAGUUUAUUCCGCUUGUAGUGUAUAUGGAGCUGGCGUAUGCCAUUCAGCAAAUUUGGAAAUGAAAGACAGAACCUUGAGUCUAU